AGACUAGGCAGUAUGGUCGAAAGACUAUAGCCUGCCUUCUGAACGAAUUAAAAAAAUAUAUAAGUUUUGACAAGUAAAUAGUAUUUUUGUCAAACAUAACCUCUAAAGGCAACAUUAAUAAUAUUUUUUGUUAUUUACCUAACUUAAUUUGUCUAAACCAGUCUCAAUUUUGUAUGACAUAGUUCAAAUACAAUAUGGUAAUUAUGGACACUCCGGAAUCUGUUGGGAGCUUGGAAGAACAAGCACUAAAAAGGAAAGAGAGAUUAAAAAAUUUAAAGCGAAAAAAUCCUAGCAAUGAAAAUGCACCGUCAGAAGUAGAAAAAGAAAUUGUACCACUUCCAAAACCUAAAUUUAGAAGUUACAAACCUCAAGAUGAAUCACUACAAGAAUCCAAAAUAGAUGAUGCUGAACCAGCACUUAUCGAAGAAGAGGUUAAAGAAUUACUUGAUGCUGGGAAAGAAAAGGUAGUAUUACAAGAUUUGGACAUAUCAAGCUUAGCGCCAAGGAAACCAGAUUGGGAUCUAAAAAGAGAUGUGGCUAAGAAAUUAGAAAAACUAGAAAGGAGAACACAGAAAGCCAUUGCUGAACUAAUUUGGGAGAGGUUGAAACAAGGCAAUGAAGACAAUUUGGGAGCCAUGGUCACUAUGACUGACAACAGAACGACAGAUGAAGAUUGAAUAAAUAAGUUGCAUGAAUGUUGUUCAAUAAAAGAACAACGGUGAUAAACUAUAAUCAAGAUGGUUAAGUGUAUUUCAUUUAAAACAAUGAACUUUUUUUUAUAUUUUAAUAAACUUUCUUGGACAUGUAGUUCAAACAGUGUCCCUUAAUAAA